AUGAAAAGUACACAGGUUUCAAGUGUGUUUAUCCAUUGUGUGAUACAAGUGAUCUGUGGUUCACAUGAACGACGUUUAUUGAAUGAUUUACUAAGCAAUUACAAUGUACUUGAACGUCCUGUUGCCAAUGAAUCCGAAGUAUUGAUCGUUUAUUUUAGCCUAACAUUACAGCAAAUUAUUGAUGUUGAUGAAAAGAAUCAAAAUAUAAUCACCAACAUGUGGCUUAGAUUGGAAUGGAAUGAUUCGAAUCUUCGAUGGUCACCCAAUGAUUAUGGUGGUAUUACCGAUCUUCGAAUCUCACCCGACAAAGUAUGGCGUCCGGAUAUAUUAAUCUAUAAUAGUGCCGAUGAAAAAUUUGAUGGAACCUAUCAUUCUAAUGUGGUAGUCAAUCAUAAUGGUAGUUGUCUUUAUAUACCACCCGGUAUUUUUAAAAGUACUUGUAAAAUCGACAUCACUUGGUUUCCUUUUGACGAUCAAUAUUGUGAUAUUAAAUUCGGUUCUUGGACUUAUUAUGGAUCGGCUGUAGAUUUAAAAUUUAUAAAUGAUAGUACCAGUGGUGAUAUUUCACCAUAUAUUCCCAAUGGUGAAUGGGUUUUGCUUGGAGUACCCGGUAUUCGUAAUGUUCAAAGUUAUGAAUGUUGUCCUGAACAAUAUAUCGAUAUUACUUAUACAAUUGGUAUUCGUCGACGUACCCUAUAUUAUGGUUUCAAUCUAAUAGUGCCUAGCGUCAUUAUUUCAUCAAUGACAUUGCUCAGUUUUACUUUGCCACCAGAUUCUGGAGAGAAAUUAACAUUAGGCGUCACCAUAUUACUCUCCAUGAUUGUGUUCAUGAUGCAACUGGCCGAAAUUAUGCCUGCUACAUCGGAUUCCGUUUCUAUUGUUGGAUCUUAUUUCGCUUGCAUUAUGGUCAUGGUUGCCUUCUCUGUUGUUAUGACUGUAGUUGUGCUCAAUUUUCAUCAUCGAACCACUGAACAACAACAAGAGAUGCCUUACUGGAUACGAAAAGUAAUUGUCACCUGGCUACCAUUAAUUUUAAGGAUAAAAAAACCACCAGAAUUGCUUCGUUGUGAACAACAAAGAAAACAGAAUAAAUCAACCGGUAACUUACAUACACAGUAUCAGGCCUAUUGCGCGACGAAUAAUCCAUACCAAAAUCAGAAUCAUGUGCCAUCCGAUACUUGGAAUAAUCCAUGUACUACUAUUAAUAAUCUCAAUUCUACAUGGAUAGCCAAUCGUUUCAAUACACCAUCAUCACCUACACAUUUAGAAUUGAUACGUUUGACUGAAAAGAUGAAAGAAUAUGAAUCAUUAUGCCAUAAACGUGGUUGUGUCCAUAGAUCUCAGCAGCAACAACAACAACAACAGCCGUCUAAUUUUGAUCCAAUCAAUCAACAACCAAAUGGUUGUGGAACAAUAAGUGGAAUUUGUCCAUAUGCUUACUCUACAUAUCCGCCGCCCCCGGGUCAUCAUCAUCAUCAUCCUCAUCAAUCGCCAUCAACAAUGGAUGAACAAUUUAUUGGACAACAACAACAACAACAACAUCGUCGCCAGUGUAGCGGAUUGUUAGCUUCAGAUGAAGCAAUCCAUCAUUUUGAUCGGCAAAGUCAGCAACAAAAUUAUUUUCAACUUCAAAACAAUGAUGCUGUUUAUAUUCAACAAAAUCCAUGUUGUUGUUGUACUUGUACCGGAACUGGAUCACAUCAAACAAUCGAUUAUUUUAAUUCAAUAAUGCAAGAGCUUCGUUUCAUAACCAAUCGUUAUAGACGUGAAGAUGAUCUAGCUGAUAUAAUCAGUGAAUGGAAAUAUGCCGCCAUUGUUAUUGAUCGACUUUGUUUGAUUGUGUUCAGCACGUUUGCCGUACUGUCAUUAGUUAUAUGUUUAGCAUCAGCUCCACAUUUGUUAGCCUAAACAAAACUUUUUUUUGAUUGAUAAAAAUCUGUUCAUUUAUAACAUUAUUGCCAUUUUCAUCAAUAUUGUCUUGUAUUUUUUUUUCUUCGUCUUGUAACAAAGUGAUUGAUCAUAAACCGCGAUAAACUUCUAAAUACUG